CAGACAGCACUGGCCUAACCCGCUUGAGAGGAGGCGAUCGGUCCCCCUGGUGCGGUGCUCUCGGAGUGCGGUGGCAUGGCCGGGUAGCUCCCCCGAUGGGCGUUUAUCUGCGUGGACCACGCGAUGAGCCAGCAGUGCGGCCUAGAAGUCAGAGUUCACCUCUUUCCCAAGAGCCACUGGAAGGCACUGCUUUUGAAUGUUCAUGUGCACAUCCAGACAGCGAAUUCAUGCUGCAGUAUUUUGAUAAUGUGAAUCAAAAGGCAAUCAGAGAUGCUGGCAUGGGCUUGAAUGCAUUAGAGCAUGAAUAUAUUUAUGCACACUCUUACCUGGCCUUGGAAUACCUUCCCCAAAUGUGUCUGGUACCUACACUUCUGUUUUUUUCUAGGUGAAAACUGCAUUUUCCUUAGGGUUAUAAGUGACUAUAAUCACCUGUUCUUAUUAAUGCUGCUGCUUUGCAUUAGCAAACGUUUUACUAUCAUGGUUAUUGUUUGACUUUAGAUUGCAGGCCACUUAGAUAUAACAAGCAUAUUUGCUAGGAAAGUGGGAUUAAAAAUUGUAUUAGCUGACUAAAGCACUUAGUGGAUAAGUUUCUCAAAUGAUCGACCUCCCUCAAUAUAGGUAAUAAAAAAAAGCAAAAGACUGCAAAAUGUUUUUUCCCCCAAAAAAGUUUGUCUAUCACCAGAAGGACAGGUGAACACUGAUACUUCCUUUUUCAAUUUCUGUGGCAGAGAAACAUCAAAAUGGCCCUUAACUUGCAGCACCACUGAUUCCAGUUCUGCCUCAACCAAUUAACCAAGACAGAUCUGGCAAUUAUAGCUUGCAGCCCUAAUAAGCAUGAUUAUUAAGCAUGAGCAUUCACAGGCCCAUGGAGAGGUUGAGGGGAGGGGGCAAUUUGCAUGGCUAAACCUCAGUCCGUUUUCUAGGUGGCAGGAAUUAAUGCCAGCCGAGUGUGUACACACUGGUAAAUAAAGCUGGUGUUCCGAAAGCACAUAUUCUUAGCUCUUCUUCCUCUUCCCACUGGUUUGAUUUGAAUGUGUAACGAGGCACUAACACUCUCAUGCCCAAUAUUCUGUCCUGUCUGUAGUAUUACUGGUGCUGUGCCUUUCUUACAGUAGUCUUCCAGCUUAAUUAGCCUAAUCAAAAAAGCUUUCUGGGAGGUGUGGCACCUCUUUCACCAUCCCCCAACCCCGACCCCCCCCCCAUACAGUGUUUUAUUUAAAUUGCUAAUGUGGCUGUCACAUGGGGAUGAAUAGCCUUUGUGGGGUUUUCUGCACAUUUCUUGAGAUUCUCAUCUUUGCUUAGAGAGCGCUGGGAGCGGGUUGGGGGGAUGUUUUGCCGCACCACUGAAGUUCAGCUCCGUCCUCCCUCCCAGUGUCCCUGAUGCAAACAUUAUUCCAGACUGACUAAACAAACUCCACACAACACAAAGCUUCCCUUUGUUUUGGAUGAGAGGGUCUAGCAGAUGAAUGUGUGGCAUCCACAGCUGCCCAAAAGCUUUUUCCUGACCUGCUUUGAACAAAGGUGUCGUUGGCUGUGUGUGAACUCUUGGAGCCUGGAAAAGGCUCUCCCUUGUUAUGGCAACCGUAAUAUGUCCUGUGUUGAUUAGCAAGCACAAGCUGGCUGGGCGCAUCAGCCCUUGGAUGUUCUAGUUCUAGUAAGUUUUGAGAGAUCUUCUGCUGAGCCUCCAUCAAUUGCCAGCUUUUCCAUUAAUAGAAAGUUCUACAGUGGGAAGGUGGGGGAGCCUUUCUCUGGCUCUUUGAACUUGAGAGCUGUUUUAAAAAAUACAUACGCACGCACACACUCACCUGGAUCAUUGCGCUCAUGCAAUUUCAGCUCCAACCCCACCCUAUUUAAGCAUUGCACUCGAGUGCAUGUUGGUUUGCCCCACUGAUGUUCCCGGGCAUGUGUUCCAUCACAUCUGACAUCUCCACCCGUGGCCUUAAAUUGCCCAUGAAUAAAACGGUGUGUGGUUGUUGUGGUUGAUGCAUCCCCACAUUUGUCUCAUUUUGUUCCUCUCUGGGGUGCGGCUCAGACUUGCAUGUGGUGCUUGGGAACAAAUUUCUGUAGGACUUGCUCAUGUCCGCUAAGAAAGCCAGUGCAUUUCAGACGCUUCAUCUCCUCCUUGAAAAUGCUUUAGGACAGCAACUUGAAAAUGAAUGGACCCCUUUCUUGUCUACUUUGAAGGGAAACACUGGGAUGCGUACCAUUUGGCAAUCAGUCCACACUUAAAAUGUUUAUACAUGCAAUAAAUGUUUUGCUGUUGGGCCCACUUGGACUCACAGGAAAGCUUACAGUUACUGCCUACCCAUUAAAACAAGUGAAUUCAUUAAAACAGCAAACACGCUUUACCGUUGUGCGCUGCGGGGGUGGCUGUAACAUCUGCCAUUGCCUUUGUGGCGUUGGGGCAGAUGGAACCUCUGCUCUUUUGCCAUUCCCCCGUACCUUAUUCAAGUACAUAAUCCAGGAAAGAUUCUUGCAUGAAAUUAAGCUAGGACUGGUGGUAAUUGUCAGUGUUGGAAAGGGGCUUGCAUUCCUGAGCACUGGAUUCCUGCAUCACUGAACAAACACCCCCCUGAAAAUUUUCCAGCCCUGCUUAUUUUCAGCAUGAGAGUUGACCAUUUUGUUAUUUCUGCAGCUUAGCAGCCAACUAACUCCAUUUUCCAAGUUGGUGGUUUCCAGUAAAUCGUUUCUCAAUAAAAUUGGCCCUCCCCAAGCAAGUGAACAGUCUCAUGAAAGUCUUAAUUUCAGGAAUGGCACCUCAGACUUUGGUCAGGGUCACCUUGUCAGCCACAGACUGUUAUAUUGUGCAUGAAAUCUACAACGGGGAGAAUGCUCAGGACCAGUUUGAAUACGAGCUGGAGCAAGCCCUGGAGGCCCAGUACAAAUACAUUGUGAUUGAGCCCACACGCAUCGGGGACGAGACGGCCCGCUGGAUCACUGUCGGGAACUGUCUGCACAAGACGGCCGUCCUGGCAGGCACCGCCUGCCUCUUCACCCCACUGGCCCUCCCUGCAGAUUAUUCCCAUUACAUUUCCUUGCCGGCCGGCGUGCUGAGCGUAGCCUGCUGCACUCUCUAUGGAAUCUCCUGGCAAUUCGACCCUUGCUGCAAAUACCAGGUGGAGUACAACGCCUAUAAACUUUCGCGCUUGCCUCUGCAUACACUCACCUCCUCCACCCCCGUGGUUCUGGUGAGGAAGGACGACCUGCACAGAAAGAGACUGCACAACACGAUAGCGCUCGCCGCCCUGGUGUACUGUGUCAAGAAGAUUUACGAACUCUACGCCGUAUGAUUGCGGGAGGCGAAGGAGAAAACGUGCAAAGACAACAAGUGUAUUAAAGACUCCCACAGUAACGUUCGACUUUUUUCCUCUUGCAGUGGUGGUACCUGGGAAGCAGCUUAUUUUUAAAACAGAAACCGCGUGUCACGGGUGCAUCAAGGGCAUUCUCUGUGCUUUUUUACACCUCGGGCAUGGAUCUGCAGUGAAACGGAGCUCUGUGGGAGCCGCGUCAAUGAUGGGAUGCCAAUGAAAGGAAGUGAUAUGCAGGAGGGGAAGUGAGAUUUUUUUUUUUUUGGAGAAACCUUUAAGUAUAUUGUUUAAUUGUAUUCUACAGAACCAGCUCGAAGUUAUCACUGACCAUUCAUUAAAGGAUGAGAAUUUCA